AUGGAUCUCCACUGUUUCAUACCUAUUCACAUCAAUGCUGGCGAUUUCCUCUCCGAGUUCGUCCAAGAAGGCGUACUCCGCGCGCCUACAUUUGCCGACAGCCAGGCAGCAUUCCCUGACUUGCAUUUUGAGCUGGAGAUGCUCGUUAUGGAGAAUGAAAAGGCUCGAAAGGCUCACAAGGCCAUGGGAACGUUGCUACAAGAAUCAAAUUCCCAGCCUCGGAGACCUAGCGUAACGCCUCUAGAUUCAAGCGAAGAAGUCUUCUACUGUACGAAAACACCUUCUACCGAUUCGAAGGCGGAAAGAUCUCCCGAGUUUGGGGCAUAG